CGGGCGGCGUUGCCGCUCCCCGUGCCGCGCCUCCUCCGCCCGGCAGCGAGGCGGGCGGGCGGAGAGAGAGGGGCUCGCCGCCGCUGCGGAGCUGUCGCAGCGCAGCCGGCGUCGGGGGCAGCCGGACCUUCCCCUCCACCCCCGGUCCCGUCCCGCAGCCCGCCUUGCAGCGCGGCGGUGGGGAGCGCCUCGGCCACCUCUGCCCACCCCGGGCCGCCUCGGCGGCCAGCCCGCGCGGCUGGAGAGCCCCGCCGGCCAUGGAGCUCUCCCUGCGGCUGCUCCUGGCGUCCUGCCUCUCCCUGGGGGCGGCCGGGGAGUUUGACAGAAGGUGGCCCAGACAAAUAGUCUCCUCCGCAGGACUGUGUCGGUUUGGAAGUAGAAUUGACUGCUGCUGGGGCUGGGCCCGAUUGUCCUGGGGACAAUGCCAACCUUUCUACGUCUUAAGGCAGAGAAUAGCCAGCCUAAGGUGCCAGCCCAAAGCUAUAUGUCAGCCAGGAUGCAAACAUGGUGAAUGCGUUGGGCCGAACAAGUGUAAGUGCCACCCGGGAUACACUGGAAAAACCUGCAACCACGAUGAGCAGCUAUCUACAAGUCCACCUGGUCAGAGCAGUGCAGCACUUCUGUUCCGCCCCCUGGAUCAUCAUGCAAGAAAUAUAGCAUCAAGGGAUCUAAAUGAGUGUGGACUAAAGCCACGGCCGUGCAAACACCGGUGCAUGAAUACCUACGGCAGCUACAAGUGCUACUGUCUGAACGGCUACAUGCUUAUGCCAGAUGGAACGUGCUCAAAUGCCCUUUCUUGCUCAAUGGCAAACUGUCAGUAUGGCUGUGAUGUACUGAAAGGGGAAGUACGCUGCCGCUGUCCUUCUCCAGGACUGCAGCUGGGGUCUGAUGGAAGGACUUGCAUAGAUAUUGAUGAAUGUGCUACUGGGAGAGUUAUCUGUCCACGAUUUAGGCACUGCGUCAAUACUUUUGGAAGCUACAUUUGCAGGUGUCAUAAAGGCUUUGAUCUAAUGUACAUUGGAGGCAAAUACCAAUGCCAUGAUAUAGAUGAAUGUUCCCUUGGCCACCAUCAGUGUGGUAGUUUUUCACGAUGUUACAAUACACCAGGAUCCUACAAAUGCAAGUGUAAAGAAGGGUACAGAGACAAUGGAACAAACUGCAUACUUAUUCCUAAUGUUAUGAUUGAACCACCUUGUCCAUAUCAUAUAUUCAAGGGCAACAGCACGCUUCCUAAGGGAGGCGGUGGUAUAACCAAUAGGAUUCCUGGUGUUGGAGGCACAAGGCAACCCCUCAGGCCACCAUAUGUACCUGCUAUUGUUACAGAAAGGCCGGUGACCAGGCCAACGACUCAUCCUACACCCAGGCCAACAACUCGACUGACAGCAAAGCCAACCACUAGGUAUGUGCCAGUGACAACAAGGCCAGUGACGAGGCCUCCACCUCCACCACCACCUCAACCUACAACAUUAAGACCUACACUACCGCCACAAAGAACUCCUCUGAUAACAACUGAAGAGCCUUCACAUGUUCCCAUUGAAACUACAUCUUCCCAAGGAAUUCGAGAUGACAACAGGAUCCAGAUAGAUCCUCAGAAACCCCGCGGAGAUGUGUUCAUUCCACGCCAGCCUGGAGUGAGCAAUAAUCUGUUUGAAAUACUUGAAAUUGAAAGAGGGAUUACCGCCGAUGAAUUUGAAGCAAACGAUGACCCAGGUGUGCUGGUACACAGCUGUAAUUUUGAUAGUGGACUGUGUGGAUGGAUCAAGGACAGAGAUGAUGACUUGCACUGGGAACCAGUGAGGGAUGCAUCAGGGGGACAGUAUCUUACCAUCUCUGACCCCAAAGGCAAAGAAGGAGGAGUAGCGCAUCUUAUCCUGCCGUUGGGUCACAUGGCUCAGGCUGGUGACUUGUGCCUCUCAUUUAGGCAUAAGGUGCCCGGACUGCAUUCUGGUGCCCUCCAAGUCUUUGUAAGGAAAAACAGCGCUCACGGACCAGCCGUUUGGGGAAGAAAUGGUGGCCAUGGCUGGAGACGGACACACAUAACUUUACGAGGACUAGGCAUCAAGAGUGUUAUUUUCAAAGGCGAGAAAGGGAAAGGACGAACAGGGGAUAUUGGACUAGAUGAUGUGAUCUUGAGGAGAGGACGCUGCUCUGAAGAGCAUUAGCAAAGAUAAUGGACCAGCACAGUCAUCUCCUCUAGCCCUUCCCAUGCUAUUCCUACCAAGCUUUGAAACAGAACCGCACGAAAAAAAAGAAAAAGUUGGAGAUCUGCUAAGUGCAAUCUCACUGAAAUGUCACUUAAAAACAUGGAGAGCAUCUCCCAGGAUUCAGGAACUCCAACCCUGUGCUGGUCAUUUCUAUUAAUCCUCACCUCUAAAUCAUAUUUGGUAUGUAAUAACUUUAUCCCCUGUUAAGCCUGGUGAGUGCUCACACAAAGAGCACUUGUGAAAAAGGGAGAAUUAAUUACAAAUGGUGGCAAAAGCAAGCUCCAGCUCAGAAAGGUUUAGUGUUAACUGAUAGUCUUUGUCUUCCCAUAGUGCUACUCUUUCAUUGAUGAGAUUUGAUAGGCAGUGGGAUUGAUCUAGCUUCAGAGUCACCUCAGAUUAGUAGAAGCCUGGACGUGAACUUUGGCUUACUGCCAUUGACCUUUGAAGAAGGGUUUGCUUCAUAUUAAAUAGCAUUUAUUUUGGUAUUGCAUCUGUAUUAACAAAAAGCAGUUAUAUAGAGUAGGCAUUGCAUCCUGUAAUAUUGCUACUGCUGUGUUUUGUGUAUAUGUGUAUGGUUAUUAACAUAUUUAUGUUUUUAAUAUUUACAGACUCUAGUUGCAAGGUAAUUGGCAGCUGUGCUUUCUUAUUGUACAAGACAGGAGUUAAGCAUAUUCUUUGAUCCUGCUGGUUGUGCUAAUAGAUACAUUACCAGUCAGUUAAUGGUGCUCAUCGAAAAAUGCUGUUGCAGUUUUUCAUGUUGUAAUAUGCUGAAGGCAAAAGACCAAACGCUUACCUGAUGUAAACUGGCAUCUGACAAUGCUGUACAAGUUUGCAUUUAGCUCAGGAGCAAGCCCUAAAGGGCUCAGAGUCCUGCAAGAAACUCCUGGUUCAGCUGAAGACUGAGCAGCCUGGAGAAGAUAAUUAUUUGCAUCUUGUAAGACUGAGCCUGUUGACACUACCAGGAAUGUUCCCUUCCCACAGGUGGCACAAGCCUACGUGUAAGCAAAAAGGGCAGCUGCAUUAAUGCUGUAUGAACAAUUCAGACCAUGAAAUGCCUUGAGUGAUCUUUGUCAAAUGUCCAUAUUCCAUCCAACCCUUCUGUAUAUAAUAAACAUUUUAUUCUUUAGAACUAGAACAACUAUCAGCUCUAGCUGGAACUAAAUAUUUAAAAGAACUUUGGAGUAAUUUUUUAGUUAUGUAUCAUGCAUGUGAUGUGCAGUUUCCCGGGCAAAUCUUCUGUUUGGUUUGGGAUUUUUUAAGUGAGGAACAUUUCAUCAUCGUUGCUGCUAACAAUUUUAAAUUUGACAAAGUAAUUGUAACAUUUCAGAAAAUGACAAAAGAAAGAUUGAUAAAAUGUUGUUAGUGGUGCAGCCUUAAAGCUUCAAAAAUGUAUAUAUAGAAGAAAUAGGUCUCAGAUCUUUUAAAUACUUAAAUACAAUGUAAAAUAAUGUCAGCUUCAUGUCAUGUUAUAAAACCAUCAUUAAAAAAAAAUUCAUGUUAAGCCUUGCACAAAGUCCACAGAGACACUGUUGCAAGACCAUUAGAGGUCAUAUUCCAACUCCCUGUUUCUGAGAAAGUACUGUUUUGAAAAUAUUUUUCCAAUUUGUCCCCUAGGACAAAGCACAGUAUGCAUAGCAGAAGUUUAUUUGACCAAACAGACAAUCUCUUGCAAAACUGUACCAACAAACAUUUUGGAAAGGAAAAAAACAAUGCAUUUGUAAACAUUUUAAACUGUUUAGCUUUAAAUAUGAUCAUGAUCUUCUUUUUCUCUUGCGUUACUUUGUAAUAUGUCAGAAAUAUUUGUGAAUAGUUGAAAUACCUUGUCUGUAUUUUAAAGUAAUCAGUAAAGGAGGCGGUUACUUGCUACUAACUAGAAAUCUUGUUUUCAUUUCUGGAUCAAAAGUCUCAUUUUUAUUACAAUGAAAUAAACGAACCAGAAGAUGACAAUGCAACCAAAGUGAAGUAGCUAUCUAUGCAAGCCUGAAAGAGUUUUUUGCCCCUUUACAAAUGGCCCUUAGAACCCAGAAUUUGAAUGAAUUCAGAAGGUAAACAGAAAUAAGUACUCAGGUGACACGAGGAGGAUUUGAGGUCUCUGUGUUUUAUGAAUGCAUUUCAUCCUUACAGUCAAACAAGUAACACCGUAAAGCCUUGUAAGAACCGAAGUCUCAGCUGAGUGGACAUCGAGGUAGUCUGUGUGGCUCUGAAGGAGCUGCUAUGGCUGUAAGUCACUCACCUCUGCAGCUGGUUGUGCCGUGACGCUGUAUGGGUCUCCUUCUCUCAGCGUUUCUGAAGAGACGAGGCGAGGUCAGUCAGUGGUUCUGUUGUGACGAUUCUUCUCCAGCUCUUGCUGCGCCCGCCCUUUCAGGCAGCUCCAUGCAGCCACACACCUCAGCCAGGAUGGAGCAAUAUGAGCCUCCAGAAAGAGAUGAGUGUAUAGCCUGAGGUCCUCCUAUGAAGUAGGUUGUAACUGCCCUUCCUGCUGAGGGUUUAAUAAAUAGGUAACUGUGCCAAAAGAAAUUCCAGCUUAAAUACUUAGGCAAGCAGAAGAAAUUGCACUAAAUUAACGUGAAAACAUUUAUCAAAUGUACCGUAUAACCUCUUGCCAGCUUACAAUUUAUUGUUUUUAAAAGACAUGUUAAACGGUUUUCCCCUAAAAAGAUUGAAAAUAAAGAUUCUUCAUAAAUUACAGGUACCGUGA